AUGGUUAUAACAGGUGGCUCAGAGUCCGCCAGGACGCGGGACGUCGGAGCUCCAGCUGGGCAUCAGUCACCUUCCCUGGCCAGCCCCAAACGCAGCCCUGGACCCCACACCCUCCCGGCCUGGCGCACCCGGGCCCCCCGCCCCCAAGCCUCGUGGUCCCCAAGCCCCGGGCCACCCCUCCCUCCGAUCCUGCGGCUGGACCUCCACCCCCGCACCUCUCAGCGGGGCUGGUUAAGUCCCCCGACCUCCUGCGCGGCAGCCGGCUCCGAGAGCCACCCCCAGGUCAUCCCCCGCGCGCUGGCGGCGGCUACGGCGGCGGCGGCUGCGAUCCGAACGGGCCCCUCCAUGCACCGGGCAGGGCGGCUGGAGGGCGCGGCGCCUCGCACGCCGGGACGGGGGCGCGAGGGCGGGCGGACCGGCGGGCUGGCGCGGGGUCCCGGGUCUCCUCGCACCGAGCCGCGCGCGCCGGGCACCCGGGACGCAGGGGAGGGGAGCGGAGCUGGGGGGCGGAGUCACCCGGCGCGCCCCCGCGGCGCGCUCCUCCCCAGCCUGCGCGCGCGCGCGCGCUCCCCGGCGGGCGCGGGGCCAGCGCGGAGCACGCGAGGAGCUGGGGGGGGGGGACCCGGCCGCGGAGGCCACAGCGCCCGGACGGCCCGCGCCCCGCCGGAGGGUGCGCGCGCAGGCUGCCAGAUCAGCGGCGGGGGGAUGGGCCGUACCAAUGCACGGAGGGGGGACGCUCGGGGCAGGACCUUCGCCUCGUCGCCUUGCUACUUGGUCGCCCAGGAAGCCACCCCGGGAGAGCCGAGGACAGCCUCUGCUGGGGUUUGCAAUAGGCCAGGAGGAGGUGCCUUAGCAACUCCCGGAGAUGCCCAUAAUGCACGCGCCCUCGUUCCCCUCACCUUGACUUCCCCGGAGAGGCGGCAUUUCUGCCCUGUCCACAAAUGGUCUAUUUGUUCCACUGCUCCCGCCCAGGCCCCGCCUCUGGCCCCUGCACCUAAGUUCUCCGAGAAGCCAAUUAGCCCCAUCCCUGCUCUUGGCUCUUACCUUAAGGUAACUGCCUUGUGUGUCCAGCUUCCCGCCGCGUCUGGUUGCUUGGCCUUUACACCGCUGUCGAUAUUAAAUUUUUGA